AUGAGCAGAUCUGCUUCCGUUGCUCAGUCCACAUCCCGCCGCAAAUAUACCAACAAGCUCCACAACGAGCACGUCCUCAUCUUCGGCGGCACCAGCGGCAUCGGCUUCUGCAUCGCCGAGGCCUGUCUAGAGCACGGCGCCCAUGUCACCAUCUCAGGCUCGAACAAAGCCAAACUCGAGCAGAGCCUCUCCCGGCUCCGCAACAGCUACCCCGACAUCCCGACCUCCAACAUCAGAGGCUACACCUGCGACCUCUGCCCAGCGGACACCUACAACACCCUCAACACGAACUACCCCAACACCAAAACCCCCGCUCCCACCCCCCUCGAAACCAACCUAAUCCAGCUGCUCAACCAAACCACCGCGCAAAAAACCCGCCCGCUCCACCACAUCGCCUUCACCGCGGGGGACAGCCUCAAAACCAGCCCGCUCAAACCCACCGCGCCCAAAGACCUCACCGUGCCCACGAUCGUCGCCGAGGCGUAUCUGAACGCCAUGCGCGACGGCUUCUGUACGGGACAGGUGCUGGGCAGCGAUGGGGGGAGGCUGUUGGUCUGA